AUGGAUAUUGCAACAGGCAAGGCUCUGACUGAAGCCCAAGAGAUAUGGGGCGGCUUCGCGCGCUACGAUACCGAGGGCCCUCAUAUAUACAAGCGAGGAGGCUACUAUUAUCUCCUUGUCGCUGAGGGUGGCACCUUUGAGCAUCACCUGUUGAGUAUUGGGCGCUCAAAGGAUAUUUGGGGCCCCUACGAAUCCUGCGAUGCAAAUCCUAUCAUGACCGCCGAUGGGAAAACAGACGAGUACAUCCAGAACAUCGGCCAUGCUGAACUCUUCCAGGACCAGAGUGGCGCUUGGUGGGCAGCAGUUCUUGGUGUACGAAAUGAAAACGAUCGUCCACCGCUUGGCCGGGAGACUUUCCUGACCGCAGUCGAUUGGCCGGAAGACGGAUGGCCAACGAUUCAACAACCCACAAUGGAGUUUGAGCGUGUUCUUUCUGGCCCUGUUGGUGGUAACGCAUCAUUGAUUCACAAGACUCCGGCAAACCUUGAUCUCGUGUACAUCCGCGACCCCGAAUGCGAGAUGUAUCAAAUCAGCGGCGAGACAGAUUUGGUACUCCGGUGCAGUGCUAGCAACCUAUCGAUUCCUACCGGUACUAGCACGUUUAUUGGCAAGAGACAAAGAUCCAUUGAUGCAUCUGCUUCAGUAAGUCUGGAUAUCUCCAAUGCGUUCAGAAGGGAGCCCGUGGAGGCCGGACUAGCCAUGUAUAAGGAUGCGCCGCGCCACGUUUCUCUUACAUUUCACUUUCAGUCUUCGGAAGUGGUGUUCAACGUGACGACAACAUCAGAAGACAAAACUCAAUCAACUUCUAUCCCGGUCAAUACAUCCACAACAGUGCUUGGAAUGCGCGUGGAAGCAAAUGCGCAGGAGUAUACAUUUUUGUAUCGCGAGAACGACUCGGAAGAUUGGAAUCCAGUGGGAAGGGCGCAAGUUGCCGACUUGGUUGAGAGAGAGAUGACAGGGCCGAUCUUUGGUGUCUUUGCGCACGCUGUGAAAGAUGGAACCGUCGGUGCCGAGCUCCUCCUUUACGUAAAAACUGACUCACGCCGGUCGACGAAUUGCUUGGGGAUAAUGGACCUAGCACAAUUGCCUCCGUGGGAUCUCCCCCCCGGCGUCACCUCUCGCUAUGUUGACACUUCGCCCAUAGGGCUAAAGUUCCACAUUCUCGAGUCUUUCCCAAAAAAUAAUCCUUCUAAAGACCCCCCGCCUCUAAUACUACUUCUCCACGGCUUUCCAAACCUGUCAUUCGACUGGUCUGCUGUCAUGCCAAAACUCGCCGCGGCGGGGUACUAUGCAGUCGCUCCUGAUAUGAGAGGCUUUGGCCGAACGCACAACGCCAAUCUGAGUCCGAUCAGCGAAGAGACAAUCCGUCCGCUGACCGCUCUGCGGGAUGUGGUCACACUAGUCCAUGCACUCGGUUACGAGAGCAUUCACACUCUCGUCGGGCACGAUCUCGGGGCAUUCGUGGCUUCAAUGUGCGCCAUCACGCGGCCAGAUAUGAUCAAGUCCUUGGUUUUGAUGGCGCAUCCGUUCAAGGGAUCUCCUCAGCUGCCCUUGGGAACUGGACCUGCACCGCAACUAGCUUCUUUGUUUGAAUCCAAACGGGAGGAUGGCGGGAAGACGAUCAAGAAUGACAAUGACAUUCAAUCCUCUCUCUUGAAGCUUGACCCGCCAAGAAAGCACUACAAGUACUACAAUGCCUCAUCAGGAGCAGUCGACGAAUGGACUCAUCCCACAGGCCAGCCGAUGCACGAGUUCCUCCGGGGAUACUUCCAUCUAAAGUCUGCAGAUUACAGUUUGAAUAAUCCUCGGCCCCUCGAAGCAUGGACAGCACAAGAGAUCUCAGUCAUGCCGCAUUACUACGUAAUGAGAGCGGAUCUAUCGAUGCGCGGAAACAUUGAGCUGGACAUGGCCCAAGAGUCGGCCGAAGUGCGAGCCAAACUCAGCGAAACAUCAUGGCUCACCGAUGCAGAACUUCAGGUCUAUGUUGACGAAUACUCCCGAAACACGUUCCGACUUUCUUUGUUGUGGUACAAAGUCCUCAUCGACCCGGCCUUGUCUGCAGACCUCCUCUGUUUUGCGGGAACAAAGCUGGCGAUCCCGACAAAGUACGUCUCUGGGACACAUGAUUGGGGAACGUACCAGGUUCCUGGCGCUCUUGAAGCCAUGGAGAACGGCGAGAGCGUUCGGUCCGACUGCUGGAUGGGGUCGGUCAUAAUUCCUGGGGCGGGUCACUGGGUCAACAUCGAAAAGUCUGAAGAGACGGCACAAGAGAUCAUAACACUGGCCCAGUCACUUUAG